GCGGCGGGCUCGCGGUCGCGUUUAAACGGCGCAGGGCCGCGCGGCUGCUCCGCUCCCGGGGCCGCGAUCUCUGAGUGCCCCCUUUAACCUCCCCCCAACCCUUCCCGGCCCCGCCAUGCCCAUCCGCGCCUACUGCACCAUCUGCUCCGACUUUUUCGACAACGAGCGGGACGUGGCGGCCGUGCAGUGCGGGCACACCUUCCACCGGGACUGCCUCAUCCAGUGGUUUGACACUGCACCCAGCCGGACAUGCCCACAGUGCAGAAUCCAGGUCAACAAAAGACACAUCAUCAAUAAGCUGUUUUUCGAUGUUGCCCCGGAGGAGCAGGCAGCACCGGAUGCUGAGACCUUGCAGAACGAACUGGACAAGGUGAAGGCCCAGCUCUCCUUGAAAGAGAAAGAAAAGCGGGAAUGCCAGGCUGUUGUGGACGGCCUGAGGGACACUCUGGAUGUGCGCAAUGCCACCAUAGAGUCACUCCAGAAGGUGCUGGGAGAGACAGAGAUGCUGUGCUCCUCUCUCAAGAAGCAGAUGAAAUUCCUGGAGCAGCAGCAGGAGGAUAACAGAAGUUCAAAGGAGGAGGCUCGCCGGCUGCGAAACAAGCUGAGAACCAUGGAGCGGAUAGAGCUGUUGCUUCAGAGCCAGCGCCCCGAAGUGGAGGAGAUGAUCAGAGAGAUGGGAGUUGGGCAGGCAGCGGUGGAGCAGCUUGCGAUCUACUGUGUCUCCCUGAAAAAGGAAUAYGAGAAUUUAAAGGAGGCUAGGAAGAUCUCUGGUGACAUGACAGAGAAGCUGAAGAAGGAGCUGUUUUCUGUCAAUAAUAAGCUGCAGAAAACUACAUCAGAAUUGGAGAAGACCAAGGAGGAGUUAAAAAGCACACAGAAAGAUCUGAAGAAUGCAGACAAAGAGAUCUUGAGUUUGAAGAAGAAAAUAGACAUCCUGCAGGAUACUCUGAAGGUCCCAUCUGUAACCAGGGAAACACUCAGUCGGAUAGUCUUUGAAAGCCCUGCUCCUGUGGAACUGCAGCAUCCAAAGCUCCACCGCCCGGCCGACAGYGAUGAGAUCGAUCUAGAUGCUACUUUUGAUGUGGACACCCCUGAACACAGGCCCUGCACAUCUCCUAUUGGCACUCCAAAAAGGCAGAAGCUGGAUAAAAAGCCGCCUCCCGUGGUAAAUCUGGAGAAGAAAGUUCUGAAGGAAACAGUGGAGAACUGGGCAGAUGAUCUGGAAGACGAUGCUCUUAAAGGAUUCUUGCCAGCAUUCAUCAGGAACUCUGUUCUUUCCAAGAAGCCAUCUUUGGGCAGUUCGCUGGGUCGCCACAGGAACAUGGGUGCUGUGAGGACAGGGUACGAUGGCAUGGGAGGCAGGACGAAGUUCAUACAACCAACAAACCUGGCGGAAAUCCGUCCGUUAGCAGUGAGGAGCAAGAAGAAGGUCUCCAGACCAGCUGCAUCUUCCUCCAGCAGCAGCCAGGCCAGAAUGGACACUUUCCUGCAGUGAGAGCCCCAGACUUCCUGGGAGAGGCUUGGARGAGGCUGCAGGGCAGAGCACACUUGCCUAGAGCCUGGCAUGAUGCAAUGUGCAGCCAUCGCUGCCUGGGGUACUGUUUGCAAAGCACUGAUGCUGCCUUGUGGGUGAGAUGAGCUGCCCUGUGGAGAAUCCUGCCYUUGCAGCAAGGCAACAGGAGACCAAACCUCUGGCUAAUGCCUGGACUGAGUUAUCCUCCUUGUUUUGCCACUCCUUCCUCCCUUUUUCAUGGAGAAAUAGUAAGGUUUUCUUGCCUUCUGGCCUCCUCAGAGCCCUGCAAUCGCCKCUGCUUUGGGGUCUCUGACACCAGGUGGAA